UCCUUUAUUAUAUGUAUGUGUAUUAUGUAUGUGGUUGGGAUCUUAUAGAUUUCUCUUGCCGGAGAAGUGUUGUUUUUCUGGAAUUGAUACAGCUAGAAUUGACUUUCAGCGGAAUCUAAUGAGAGCGUUGUGCAUUUGUUUUGGUAUGUGUGUGUGUUUUUGAGAGUGAUUGCAAAAACAGAAGAGGUACGAGUCAGGGGGUGUUUUCUAUUUGUAUGUGGUUAGCCUGGGAGAGGUGGUCGAUUAGCCUGGCAGAGGUGGUGAACUUGUCGGACUCUCACAGCUAUAAACAUGUUCGGCAUUUGUAAGCGAUUAUUCAACGUGGGGCAUGUGUCUUAUCUCUGUUGGAAUCUGGAAGUACGCAUGCGCUGUUCUGCAUUCUGUGAGAUGUGACUGAUCCACACAGACAGAGAUUGCACCUGGCUGUCACUCGCUGGAGCUCGAUUACCCCUCCUCCGGUCUCAUGUCUGUCGCCACCAACCCCUCUCAUCAUCUUCCUGUAUCCAUCCAUCCCUUCCCCCCUUUCAAUUUGCCGUUUUCUGUGUGUCGCUCUGAGAAAACACCCUUGAAAUACAUUGCAGGCUUUGCAGAUGCUUUAUAGCCUUACGUGUGUACGUUUGGGUUGACGUUUUAUCUCUCUGUUUCUGUCUCAUACAUCUCGUUGCUAUCUUAGCUCUGUGCUAAUAAGAACAUAGGACACUUCUGCUCAGAGCGUUACAAACAGGCUUUUAACUGAAUAAUUUAUCGACAUUUGCUUCACAUUCUUAAUGAAAGCUCUCUCUCCAUUUCUCGCACGUUUUCUUCCUGUCAUUUGCUCCCACGCAGUCACCCAAAGCAAGCAUGCACACGGCUGAGGGAUAAUCUAAAGCUAUUAUUUACAGCUUUCGAAACAGGAAGUAAUUCACUUAAAUGUAUAGGGGUGACCGAGGCUUGUUGUCACACUUUUUUUCCAAAUAAUAUUUUUCAGGCUAGGUUUAUUUUUUGUCAGUUUUCAAAUAUGCUCAGCUGUUGAACAUAGCACCGCAUGUUGUCACACUUUAAUUACAUUUAUAUUAGACACUUUAUACAAAUCAACAUGCAGUGCAUUCAGGCUAUACAUUUUAUCAGUAUGUAUAGCUUAUAUACUGUAUGCGUUAAGCUGGGAAUCAAACGUAUGACCUUUGCAUUUCUAUCAGAAUGCAAGCAAGUACAUGGGGUAAGAUUCUAGUACUGAAACAAUUGUGACAAAUAUAACUUAAUGAAACAGCAAUAAAUAAACAUUAUGUAGUAACUUAAACACGCCAGUCUAGAUUUGUUAUGUUUACUUGUUUAUUCGCCAGCUAUAAUAAAAUUAAAUAUGUUGAUAUUGGAAGUUUUUAAUACCCAUCAUUCAAUAUUUUCACUUUUGACAUAGGACUUGACUGACAAUGUCUCCCAAAGGUCAAGUGUAGAAAUCUAGCGGUCAGGUUUGCGAAUUGCAACCAACGGCUCACUCCACCCCUUACCCCUCCCUUUCGAAGCACUACGGGGGCUGACACAGAACUAAGAUGUCGUUGCGUUUUCGUUUCUUUGCCGAAGGAGAUUUUUUACGUAUUUACGAAACACACCCUAUAGAGCAGUUAGAGCUGUAGAAACAACAUGGUUAAUUCCAUGCAAGGGGACCCGCAGUGUAUUUAGAUAGAAAUAGCUCAUUCAAAGGUAAUAAAAACACAACUCUGCAUUAUGUAAGGUCUUUAUACACCUCUGAAGACAUAGUUAUGUAUAUUAUAUUGCAUUUCUGUCAAUUGAUCCUCCAAAAAAUACUAUACUGGACCUUUAUCAACAAGACCUGUUCUUGAUAUGUGGCCAUGCAUGAAUACACAUUCAUUAGUUUUAAUGUAUUUGCAUCUGUUUCCACGUGUGUAUGUAAGUAUUUAUACUUUAGUGGACAGCUGUAUAAAAACAUUUUCUCUCCGGUGGUCCAACCUUCAUUCCUGAGUUGGCCUCCAAUCUCAGUAGGACAGAUGUUGUGUGUUCUCUACCUCCUCCAGAUGUCUGAAGCUUUGCAGAGCUGGACUGUAGAUCUAGAACCUUCCAUCAAAGAGGGGAAGAGCAGCAGGCCUUUGCUUCCUGCCAGACAGCCCCCUUGCUAUCUGUUUAUUGUCAUUAGAUGCGAGCAAUGGAAGAGACGUGAGCUACUGAGUGGGGGAGAUCAGUGGGACCAGAAAAUGUUUAAUAUAAGCAUGCCAUAUGUAUGGAAUUUUUUUUUUUUUGCAUUUACUGUACGUGUGUGUUUGUGUUGUGAAACCAGAGCUCUCAGGGUUAUGUUGAGUAUCACUGAUAACAGGCAUGUGGAAUAUUAACAAUCUCUCCCGGCUUGUCCAGCUGGCAUGCUUGAGAAUGCCCACAGAUGUUGUUUUGUUGGCUGUUCAGGCGGUUUCUAUUGCCUUUUGUGGCUGUGGUUGGUUCGAUUUCUUUUCAAGGCUUCAGCACUCUUAAUGAGAGCGAGAUGCUGAGCUUGUAGGUGGAUCGUGUGUGUGUGUGUGUGUGUGUGUGUGUGUCUAAACAGUCACGAAGAAAGCAAAUGAGAUUGAUUUCCUUCCUUCCCUCACUUCCGUUCCUUCGGCUCCAAUUUGAUUAGAAAGAUUCAAUUAAAUCUACUGUGAAUAGCUAAACAAACAGUGAGUUUGCAUUAAUGUUCACUGACACAUGGCCUAUUAGGGUAUCUGUGAACUAAAGUAGGAUAAAAAGGUUACCAAUUAUAUUUAUAAUGUGCAUGGGGUAGUUGGUGUAAUCAAAUAGAAUUUUGUUUGCAAGAUGCAACUGCUUAACAUGAACUUUAAGGAACAGAACAGUCUGUAAUCAUUUACUCACUGUUGUCAUUUUAAACCUGUUUGGUUUUCUUUAUUCUACAGAACACAAAAAGAAGAUAUUUUGAAAAUGUUGGUAACGAAAAACCUUUGGUCCCCAUUGACUUCUAUUGUAUGGACACAAAACCAAUGCAAGUCAGGUUUUCGGUUACCAACAUUUGUCAAAAUAUCUUUUUUGUGUUCUGUAGAAGAAAGAAUGUCAUACAGUUUUGAAAUGACAAGAGGGCAUGUAAGCAAAAUACAAAAUUCUUAUUUUGAAGGUGAACUAUUCCUUUAACUUAAAGUUAUAAGGAUGGCAUAGGACAACCUAAAAUCAGCAUUUAAGAAAUGUUUGUUUUGAUUUACACUAUGGCUCAAAAUUUUAAGGUCGCUCACUCAUCAUGUAGAUUUUUACAUUAUUAUAUUUUAAACAUUUUGGGAUAAUAGUAAACUUAUUAAAACUGUAGAAUAACAAUUGUAAAUACAGGAAUUAUAUUGUGAGGAAAACAAUAAGAAACUGCGGUAUUUUAGUAUCUUUAAAGUAACCACCUUUGGUAUUUUUUCAACUAGCUUUUUGAGGUCUUUCUCCCUGGGAUGCUUUUAAAAAGUAUUGAAUGAGUUCCCAUCUAUAUGUUAGCACAUUUUUUUUUAUAUUUCUAUUUAAGCACUCAUCAGAUCAAAAAGUUUUUAGGACCAUGAAAAAUGUCCUAAACGUUUAAACUGAAAUGUAAAGUAUGCAUAUUUAAACUAACUAAAUGGAUAGUUCACCCAAAAUUUUUUGUCAUGAAUUACUCACUCUCUAGUUGUUCCAAACCUAAAAUAUCUUUUGUGUUCAACAGAACAAAAAAAUACAAAGUAAUCUUCCUACUAUGGUAGUCAAUGGGGUCUAAGAACUGUUAUAUUUUUCUCUGUGUUCAUCAGAACAAAGAAAUGUAUACAGAUUUGGAACAACUCGAAGGUGAGUAAAUGAUGACAGAAUUUUUAUUUUUGGGUGAACUAUCCCUUUUAUCCAAUGUUCGCAAAAUAAUAAACAUACAAGCAUCAAGCACUAUGCCAAAAAGUGAUAAUAGCAUGUUUAAAAUACUAGCAAAAUCUAAAUUUGCUCCUUCAAAUCAAGUUGCACCUCUCAGAUGAGAAAGAGGCGUGUCUUAGAGCACAAAGUGGGCCACUGGUGCCCCAUAAAAAAAGGAAUAAAUAAAUAAAGGUGUUGACGUUCAUGCAUAUACUAAUGAAGUCUAGAGCUGUGUUCACUCAAAUAGCAUCACCGCUGAUAAGUUUAAAGCGAUUCCUCCAAGUAAGGCCAACAGAGGAUUGUGUUAAGGUCUUCUUAUUAAAGUAAUUUCUCUCCAGUGACCAUUGCCAUUUCUCUUGUUCUCUCCCGCUUUCUCACUCUCUCUUUUUCAGUAUCUAAUUAAAUAGGCAGUGUUGUGUCCCUCUGUUCCAUGUGGAUAAUUGACAAGGGAGCAGGCCUCACUUUCCUCAGCAAUUACAAGCCGCAUUCCAGCUCUGCCUAAUUAAGACUCAAGGACAGCCAGUGUAUUUGGAUCGCAUUAAACAUUUGUUGGGUUGGGGAUGCCCCUUAUCCCCUGCCGUCACUGCCUUAUUCCUUCCUUCCGCAGGAGGUCUUAAGAAGCAGUACAUUUUCCAUGCUUGCUGCAGUGUGUCGGAUUCUGGGGAUUCAACUGUCAGUCAAGCUCAAACUCCUACUGUUAUAUGGAUUUGCUUUGAGCGGAAUCCUGGGGAUAAAUGCAAGCUGUACACUGACAAGUCUAAUUAAGAUGCUCGAUAUUUCCUUAAUUACAAACGUAGCAAUGAGGUUUUAGCAUCAUAACAACUGACAAUGGUUUUGUAGCUUUUUUAGGUUACAAUUCAGUGGCCAAUAUGCCUUCUCAAUGUAAGGGUAACUUGUAAGACCUGUUGCCCUGUCACAAUUUACUAUUAAUAAAGGCUUUUUAUUUGUCAUAUAGCACUCCAUACUCAACUGCUGGCUUGCAACCCAAACAUGGAAUCCUAAACUACAGAAAGAUUUAGACGUCCUGAAUCAGAUUCAGUGCAUCUAUUGUGCAUUAAAUGAAUGUCCGAAUAGUCAUAUUUACAAGAUGAGCGCAUUUAAUUGCAAAAAUUCAAGAUAUAUUAACUAGUUGGAAUCUCUUCCAGAUGUCUCAGUUGGAGAUGUGUCAAGGAUCACAGCAGAAACUAUUUUGAUAUGAAUAACAAUAAGUUGUAAUAGUGAAAGUUAACCAUACAAUGUAGUUUGUUGGCAUUUUAUGCAAGAUAAAACUUACCAAAAAGCUGACAGCCCUGAGUGGCUAAACUACAUUUCCCCAAAAUUAUAAAAUGUAUGUUAAGUAUUAGGUAUGCAUCCAUUGGUUUAUGUUUUGUUAUAGUAGCCCUAUAAAUCUAUAAGGUUUACCAGUUCCCCUCUGCAUACUUCACGAACAUAAUAUUUUAUAUGCACAUCAUGGUGUGAUUAUGACUUUCAAUGCUCGUAAAUAUGAACUUCCAGGAGGACUCGAUUGCAUUGUUAUUACAAGGGCACAAUGGUGAUUGCUCAUGGCAUUUGUAGUUUUGCUUUGAUUACAACCUUGGGGCUUUAAACAUUAUGUCCCAACUUCCUAUUUCUUUCACAGUAGCAUUGAUUUAAAACCUUAUUUUCUAAAGUAAAUCUAUUGUGUAAGGAUAUCACGGUAGGAAGUUGAUUGAUGUUCUCAUCACCAAAUGCUGUGUUGGCACUCUGUUAUUCCACUCUUCAGAAUGCUUAGGGCUUGAGUUCCCAACCAAACCAUGGCUCGAAGCCAUUUCUAAAAAAGCAACCCAGGCACUUUUCUAUCCCUGCUUGUGCUUUCUGAAAUACAUCUAUCAAACAAGUAACAACUUCACAGGCAAAGUUCAAUGCAAACAUCAACUCUGAGCUGUCCGGAGGAAUGAUUUUUACCAAAUAUGUCAGCUUAGAUAUUUCUAUCUGUACCAUUACCUCCUGGUAAGGACAUCCAGCAGCUAUCCCAUGAUCCAGCUUUCUUGAGACAUGGUAAAGUAGCACGUUUGAAGAAAAUCCUUUUUCCAAACUGUCCAAAACCCUCCUUAGUCCAAAUUCCAAGCCCAUGGCCUAGAUUUCAACAUUGAAAUCAGAGCCAGAUGACAAAUCUUUGAGUAAUCGUUCUCCCAUAAGCGCUGUGCAUAGUUAAGUUCUGCAAACAUGCCCGGAGAGGUUUUACUGUGGUUCCAGUAAGCAAAAGAGGUUUACAACAGAUUCCAUCUAUGACACUGCUAAAACAGAAAUAAUGGACAAGAAAAGUGCAAAUGGCUUUCCCUCUAAAGCCUCUGAGAGCGGGGUGCAGAGAAAACAGCUGCCAUAUUCUGUAGAGACACCCUAUGGAUUUCACCUGGAUUUGGACUUUUUGAAAUACGUAGAUGAUAUAGAGAAGGGUAACACAAUCAAGAGGGUGCACAUCCAGCGCAAAAACAGGGGCCCAAAGUACAGCACACUGCCACGCAACUUCAGCCUACCCGGGCAUGGUGCUCGACCACUAGCCAAAGACACGUGGGCCAAUACUUCCACUUUAGGGUCAAAACCCAAGUCCCGUGUUACUGAAGUCCAGCAGCUUUUUGAGUUCCGAGCCAGUGAUGCCACUAGUAGUAGCAGUAGUGGAACCUCCACCUCCAGUCAGACAAAGAUUCCUGCGAGUGGUUUUCUUCCCUCUCCGAAGUCUGGGGAAGAAUCUCAACUACAGACAUCCAGUGAAGCACCCAUGGGCCUUAACGUUAGGCCUCACCUGUUAAGAGCCUCCAGCAUGCCUGUUAAUGUCCCCCGCAGGAAAGGUUCAGACUCAACUGAUGAACAGAACUCUCAAUCACAAAACGGCUCGACGGAGAAGCUUUUCAAACCGGUGGAUGGAAGUGACAGGAGAGGCAGUAUUCCCCAGGACAGAGCCAGUUUACAUCAACAGAUCACAGCUGCGUUAAAAAGGGUGCGUGAGUUAGAGGAACAAGUCAAGACUAUCCCCGAGCUCAGGGCUAAAAUAUGCUCUCUUAGAGAAGAGAGGGAGCAGCUGCUUCAAAGGAUUCAGCAACACCAAUCCAAGCAAGUGAGCCCUUCGCCGUUGGAGGAGACUAAGGUUCCUCAGAUUGAAUCUCAAGACAAUACCGUUCCUCAAGUUACAACUGAGCAGGAUGAUGCUCCCUCAGUUUCCCUAAUCACUACUGCUGCUGCAGUACUACAGUCAGACGGAACCACAGAACAACAAGCAAUGGAACAAACUCCUGUGGUACAGGAUGUCGUACAGCAGGAAUCCGAAAAACGUGAACACAUAACUGAGACAAAGUCAGAAAAGGAAGAAGUUCAGACUCCAAUGUCCGUCCCAGUGAUACUCAUAGACAAAGCGGAAACCCCAACUGAUUCAGAUGAAUCAGACAGAGUUUCGCAAGAGUCCACACCUCAAGAAGAAGCAUUAGAAAGUCUUUCUGAGGAAUUUAACAAGCAGGAGAGUUCAUCAGAGACUUUGUUAGAAGAAAAGCAGUCCACAGUAUUGGAAGGGAUUUCAGAAUCUGGUGCUACAGUUGAAUGUACAUCAAUUCAAAAAGAUGUGGAGAAAAAAGAGACUGUUGAGGGACAAAGUGUAAUCAUAAUUGAUGAAAGUACAGUUGCUCAACCUGGUGAACAGACGCUUCUCACUAAUCAGAAGCAGCUUCAAGUAAAACUGAAAACGUUGGAAGAGAGUCUAAGCAAAGCUAGUUAUGAAUUGGAAAAGACAAAUGCCUUAUUAAGAGAGCAGAUGGAUGAGAAUAAGAUAAAGGAUGAGAGGAUAGAUGAAUUGAUUGAUAGAGUAAAAGAGCAAAAUCUUCAAGGUCCUAUGGAGCCACUUCCAGAACCAGUUGUCACCUGUGAUGCAUCAGUCAGUACAGAUAGCAAAAUUGUCCUGGAGAAAGCUGUCUCAACAGAACCUCAACCAGCUGAUGGUCCCACAGAAGCAGACUCUAAAUGCUCAAGCACUCAGACAAAUAUAGUAGAAGCACGAGAUAUUGAAAUCUUAGCCCAAGUCACUACAUCAGAGAAAAUUGUGGGUGUAGAGAUUGUUACUUGUGACCGGGCAAUAGAGACUGAAGUCCUGGAUGACCUACAAAUUAGCAGUCUUAAGGAAGUUUCCGAUCGGUUAGGGAAGACAGACUCAGUAGAAAUCAAUGAGGGUGAUAUUCAAGAUUAUGUGUCAAGUCCAAUUAGAGAUGUGGAAGUCAGUGAAAAUGUGGUUGCAGAGAGUGACAAUGAAGAAUUUGUGAUGGUAGAAAGUGCCAUGGUUGAGACAAUGGCCAGUGAAAGUGAGGUCUCUGAGCCCACAGUCCCAGCGACGCAAUCUUUUGGGAUUGCAGGUGUUCAAAGCACAGUAACGGAUAAAGGUGAAGGAGAAAAAAGUGCCGGUUUGCAAACACAAGGGCAGGAAUCUCAGUCUCAGAGGGCAUCUGAAGCCACAGCCUCUCCUGCUGCGAUCGGCCAGGUUGUUAAUCGUAUACAGGGUCUUCUUAAUGAGCAGUGGGCCAGCCUGGGAAGUGGGGGGCAAGAUCCAAAAGGGGAGAGCUCCCAGAAACCUCACACCUCCAAAAUAAGCUCCAUUCAAAGCCACCUGAGAGGUUCCCUAAGUGCACUGUCGGCUUUCUACUCACCUGUUCAGAAAGGAGGGGCAGCACGACAAUCAGGCCUGAAAUCUAUCAUGAAGAAGAAUGACUGUCCUGACAAGCAGGGCAAUGGGGGAGCCAAGAAGAACUUGAAGUUUGUUGGCGUAAACGGAGGCUAUGAGACCACCUCCAGUGAGGACUCCGGUGGGGAGGAGGCUCAGGACGAGGGGGAGGAGGUGGAUAGCUCGGAGGCUGAGGUGGAGCACGGGGAGGAGAGUGGAACGGCCCAGGAGGAGGCUGCUGCUACUGGGGAGCAAGGUGAAGGGGUUCAGGCCGAGGUGACAGAGGGCUCUGAGGAGCCUGAUGCCCUUCAAAAAGCCAUGAGUCCCCAGGAGGAGCAGCCUGUGAGUGAGUUAGUUAAUGAGAGCUUCAUGGCUGCUUGUCAUUUCCUGAAGGAUCGCAUGGCUGAGGUUGCUGCCCCAAAUGUAGAGAUGAGGCAGGUUCUCAUGGUGCUCUAUCAGGAGUGGUUUCGUGUGUCCAGUCAGAAGGACUCGCAGGCAGAUGCAGUCACCCUGUACCUGAGAGAGGUGGGCUUCCAAACUCCCACCCUUCUGCGAUAUAUAGUGAACCUAUCUGAUGGAAAUGGCAACAUGGCGCUGCACUACAGUGUGUCCCAUUCCAACUUCUCUGUAGUUAAACUGUUAUUAGACACAGGACUGUGUGAGGUGGAUCAACAAAACAAGGCUGGCUACACUGCUAUAAUGUUGGCAUCCCUUACUGCGGCUGAGAGCCCUGAAGAUAUGGAGGUGGCUCAGCAGCUACUGAGAAUGGGCAACAUUAACGCACGCGCUAGCCAGUCAGGGCAAACAGCACUGAUGCUCGCAGUGAGUCAUGGACGGACAGUGAUGGUGCAGGUUCUUCUAGACUGUGGUGCUGAUGUGAACAUACAGGACCGAGACCGUUCCACUGCCUUGAUGUGUGCCUGUGAGCAUGGCCAUACUGAGAUAGCCAAACUACUGCUGGAGAGACCAGAGUGUGACAAGUCACUCAAAGAUAAGGAUGGCCACACAGCUCUUUCAGUAGCCAUGAAGGCCUCCAACUCUGAGAUAGUGGACCUUCUGAAAGCUCACACUGAUCCAGCCGUAGCCACAGAUUCUACAGCUCCACUCUGAAUGCAGAUGCCUUGUCUUCAUUUCUGUCAUCUUUCUACUGCCUCAAACAGACUUUCUGGCCAGGCCAACAGUCAACAGUAGAGACACAGCACUUGCCAGUCAUUUGCAAAUUCUCUACCUUAAUAAUUUAAGUGUUGGAGAUACAGCCAAUGAGAAAUGUACUCGAGGAGGGGCCACGAAGGGCGAGCUUACCCAAAUCUGUCCUGAAGCACAGCCAAUGUAGCUAUUUUCAAAAGAUUAACUUUGCUUGGAUCAGGCAUGGUACAUGGUUACAUGUUUUGACCUUCUAUUUGCAGGUAAUGUGACUAUAUUUUUGUUAGGUGAUCAAGCGUAAUCUACAAAUGUUAUUAAAAUAUCAGAUAUACACAUAUUUAUUUUUUAUUGCACUUUUCUGUAAUAUCUCCUCUGGGGUGUAUCUUAGGCUUGUUUUGGUAUAACCUGAUCAGUCUUCCUAUAAAUGAGCUUUUGAGUUACAGUAGGUCAAAGCCGUUUCUCUCCAUCGAUAUUUUUGUCCUACACUUCUCUUCCCAUUAAGAAAAUAAAAUACAUUUUGCAACUUUAAUGACAAAAAUUCCAGUAAGCAGGAACUUGUCCAUUAAAAUAUUUUAACACUUUACAAUAACAUUGUAGGCCUGUUUGUUAACAUAGUUAAUGCAUUAGCAAACUUAAACCAACAAUGAGCAAUAUUGUUUUUAAGCAUUUAUUCAUCUUACUGUCCAUAGUUAAUGCCAAAACAACUGUUCUUGUUAUAAUUCUUUGUACAUUAACAGAUGCAAUUUAUUGCAUUGUCAACAUCAUUCGUGAUAUCAAAAAUCUGUUUUGCAGAUCUGUUUUUAUAUUUAAAUAAAAACAUAUUGUGCUUGGGCCCUAAUAAAUGCUGUAGAAGUCUUUUCGUUGCUCAUUCAUGUUAGCUAACGCAUUAACUAAUGUCGAAGGUGCUGUGUGUAAUUUUUUGGAGGAUAUUGACAGAAGUUCAAUAUAAUACACAUAACUAUGUCUUGAGAGGUGUAUAAAGACCUUACAUAAUAAAGGGUUAUGUUUUUAUUAUCUUAGAAUGAGCAAUUCUGUCUACACACACGGCGGGUCCCCUUACAUGGAAUUCACCUUGUUGUUUCUACAGUAGCCCUCAAUGGACAAACUGCCCUACAGAAAUAAUUUUGUAAAUACGUGAUCUCCUUCGGCAAAGAAGCGGAAACGUAACGACAUCUUAGUUCUGUGUCAGCCACCAUAGUGCUUCGAAAGGGAGGGGGAGCGGUGGAGUGGGCUGUUGGUUGGAAUUCGCAACCUCACCGCUAGAUGGCACUAAAUUUCACUGGACCUUUACAAACACAACCUUAUUGUAAAGUGUUACCAAGUUUCCUGAAUGAUCUAACCUGCUACAGUAUUAACUCUUACUUCAUUAAAUCCCUCCAUCAUUCAUACGGUAUAUAUUAAACCAAGAUUUAGCCUAUAGAUGGGAGUUUAAGCAGCACAUGAUAAAGAACUGGACUAUAUCCACAUGUACAUUGUGCCUGCUUGAAAUUAAGGCAUCAAACGUUGUAAUGAAGAGAUGUUGAAUGACAAAUCAUUUAUUAAGUUGGAGAAAGUAUAAAUCUAUAUAUGUAUACUGUGGGAGGUGCUGUGAACUAAUACUCUGAAAUGUAAUGACUAUUUAUUUCAAUUUCUAUAUUUUUGAGUAUAUACAAGUACAUGCAUGGAUGAAAUAUUAACUUAAUAAAAACAUG